AAACAAACAAAACCAAAGCAGCUCCAGCUCCAGCUCCUCCCUUAGAAUCUUCUUUCGUACUCUUUACUUUUCAAAAAAAACACACACAAUUAAAACGUGGACCCCACUCGCCAGCUCUUCUCCCUCCGUAUCUUCCCAUUUACCCGCCACCUACGCGACAAACAACAACUCAAAAACUCAACUCAACUCCACAACAAACGCACCCCAAGGCCAAAAGAAAAGCAAAAGCAUUCGACGCUCCCAUCCCAAUUCCCAUCCUUUUUUAGGCGGGAAAAUUUCAAAAAUUCCUACCAAAUUCUAAUCACGAGGGAAACCAAAAAAAAAAAAAAUCUAAAAUCCCUAAUUUUAAAACCUUUGUAGGUUUUAUCCCCUCCUUAUAUAUAAUCCGCUUCGGGUAACUCUUUUCGAUACGCCAAAAACCUGUUCGACGAAAUUCCUUCGAGAGAGUGAAAAAAAGAAGAAAGAUCAUCUAAAAAUGUAUGUGGUUAAGAGAGACGGGAGGCAAGAGGCGGUCCAUUUCGAUAAGAUAACGGCGAGGUUGAAGAAGCUAAGCUAUGGACUUAGCAUCGACCACUGCGAUCCGGUUCUGGUGGCUCAGAAGGUCUGCGCUGGUGUUUACAAAGGGGUUACUACUAGCCAGCUUGAUGAAUUGGCUGCUGAAACCGCCGCUGCUAUGACCGCUAACCACCCUGAUUAUGCUUCCUUGGCGGCUAGGAUUGUUGUUUCAAAUUUACAUAAAAAUACUAAGAAGUCGUUCUCUGAGACGAUUAAAAUCAUGUAUAAUCAUUUCAAUGAGAGAUCUGGACUGAAGGCUCCUUUGAUUGCUGAUGAUGUUUAUGAGAUCAUCAUGAAGAAUGCUGCACGGUUGGAUAGUGAGAUCAUAUAUGAUCGGGACUUUGACUAUGAUUACUUUGGCUUUAAAACCCUUGAGAGGUCCUACCUCUUGAAAGUUCAAGGGAAGGUUAUAGAAAGGCCUCAACACAUGUUAAUGAGGGUUGCUGUUGGAAUUCAUAAGGAUGACAUUGAUUCUGCUAUAAAAACUUAUCACAUGAUGUCUCAAAGAUGGUUCACUCAUGCUUCUCCAACACUUUUCAAUGCUGGAACACCAAGGCCUCAAUUGAGCAGCUGCUUCUUGGUGUGUAUGAAAGAUGAUAGUAUUGAAGGAAUAUAUGAUACUUUGAAGGAGUGUGCUGUUAUUAGCAAAUCAGCUGGAGGGAUUGGUGUCUCUGUUCAAAAUAUUCGAGCCACAGGGAGUUAUAUUCGUGGAACAAAUGGUACAUCUAAUGGCAUUGUCCCAAUGCUGCGAGUGUUCAAUGACACUGCUCGUUAUGUUGAUCAAGGAGGAGGGAAAAGGAAGGGUGCUUUUGCUGUAUAUUUGGAGCCAUGGCAUGCUGACAUUUUUGAAUUUCUGGACCUUAGGAAGAACCAUGGAAAGGAAGAGCAUCGGGCUCGUGAUCUAUUUUAUGCUCUUUGGGUGCCUGAUCUCUUUAUGCAAAGAGUCCAAAGUAAUGGGCAGUGGUCAUUAUUCUGUCCUAAUGAGGCACCAGGCCUGGCAGAUUGUUGGGGUGAAGAAUUUGAGAAGCUGUAUACUCAUUAUGAACGAGAGGGCAAGGCAAAGAAGGUUGUCCAAGCACAGAACCUGUGGUUUGAGAUUCUGAAGUCACAGAUAGAAACUGGGACCCCUUACAUGCUAUUUAAGGAUACUUGCAAUAGAAAAAGCAACCAGCAAAAUCUUGGCACCAUUAAAUCUUCAAAUUUGUGUACUGAGGUAAUUGAGUACACAAGUCCAACAGAAACUGCUGUGUGCAAUCUGGCAUCUAUUGCACUACCAAGAUAUGUGAGGGAAAAGGGGGUUCCACUGGAGUCUCAUCCAUCUAAGCUUGUUGGGAGCAGAGGUUCUCAGAAUAGAUAUUUUGACUUUGACAAACUGGGAGAGGUUACUGAAAUUGUUGCAAGAAAUCUUAACAAAAUAAUUGAUGUUAAUUACUACCCUGUUGAAACUGCCAGAAGAUCAAAUUUGCGUCAUAGACCAAUUGGUAUUGGAGUUCAGGGGCUUGCAGACACAUUCAUCUUACUUGGCAUGGCCUUUGAUUCGCAUGAGGCUCAACAGCUGAAUAAGGACAUAUUUGAGACCAUAUACUACCAUGCUCUGAAAGCUUCUUGUGACAUAGCUGAGAAAGAGGGCCCUUAUGAGACAUAUAAUGGGAGUCCUGUGAGUAAGGGUAUUCUUCAGCCGGACAUGUGGGAUGUUACUCCUUCAGAUCGGUGGAAUUGGAAGGCUCUUAGGGAUAGGAUUGCUAAGAAUGGAGUGAGAAAUUCACUUUUGUUAGCACCUAUGCCAACUGCUUCAACUAGCCAGAUUCUUGGAAAUAAUGAGUGCUUUGAGCCAUAUACUUCCAAUAUCUAUAGUCGAAGAGUUCUGAGUGGGGAGUUUGUAGUGGUGAAUAAGCAUCUUCUUCAUGACUUAACUGAGAUGGGUCUUUGGUCUCCUGUUGUUAAGAACAACAUAAUUCAUGAGGAUGGUUCUGUUCAGAAUAUUCCAGAAAUACCUCAUGAACUGAAAGCAAUUUACAGGACUGUUUGGGAAAUCAAGCAAAAAACACUGGUUGAUAUGGCUGUUGAUCGUGGGUGCUACAUAGACCAGAGCCAAAGCUUAAAUAUACAUAUGGACCAACCUAAUUUUGGAAAACUAACUUCUUUACACUUCUAUGCCUGGUCUAAGGGUCUGAAGACAGGAAUGUAUUAUCUAAGAUCACGUGCAGCGGCUGAUGCAAUCAAAUUCACUGUUGAUACUUCCAUGCUUAAGGAAAAGCCCAAGGUAGAAGAUGAUGAUACAAAAAUGGCACAAAUGGUAUGUUCCCUAACAAACCGUGAAGAGUGCAUGGCUUGCGGGAGCUAAGGUUGAAAGUGGUGCAGCAGCCUCAAAGGGCAGUUGUUGGUUUAACUUCUUUUUCCGAGUUUCGGAGCUUCAAAGUCUGAUCAAGUAUCUAAGUUAAUGUUUUAACUUCUCUGUAUAGCCAUGGUUUUUGGUAUAUGAAGGUUGCCUACUUGCUUCUCAGAUUCUCAGUGACAAUUAUAUAAAGCAACUUGCUUAAUGCAUAGAGAGUGGUGCACUUCCA